UGAGGUAGGUGUAGAAAUCAUACACAUAUCUCGCCGAAACUUGUGUUUUUUUCCUCAUCAACCGAGAAGACAACGAUUAUUUAUUUAGUGCUAUCUGGGCGUACAGUGCCAAACAUGUAUAUAAAAGCCUUAAUCCGAUGCAGAGACAUGCUGAAAGGAGAAUUGAUCGUGUGAAAAAUGCUUGGCUAGCUUAAUCAAUGCUAGCUAACGAGCAGAGGGGGCCGUAAAAAAAACCGAAAGUGGCUAACAUUAACGAAAGCUUGAACCCUAUCACAACAAGCUCUGGGUACUUAAAUCAUACCUGCUGCUGAAGCCACACCAAGAAGAAGAAGGAGAGGAAAAAGAAGGAGAAGAAGGACUGAUAGAGAUAGUUGCCUUGCCUACAAAGUAGCAGUGGGUCUCUCUAGGGCAGAGCCAUGGGUGCGUUCCUGGACAAGCCCAAAACAGAGAAGCAUAACUCACAUGGUGAGGGGAAGGGCCUCCGCUAUGGGCUGAGCUCCAUGCAGGGCUGGCGGGUGGAGAUGGAGGAUGCUCACACAGCUGUGUUGGGACUUCCUGCUCCCGGUAUGACUGACUGGUCCUUUUUCGCUGUCUAUGACGGUCACGCUGGCUCUCGGGUUGCCAACUACUGCUCUAAGCAUCUUCUGGAACACAUAAUCGGGGCUAGCUUAGGGGCCGGAGGAAUGCAAGGCUCCCAGGCUGGUUCAGACAGCACUACCAGUGACACCCCGACACAGAUCCCUCCCCCAGUGGAGGCUGUGAAAUCCGGGAUCCGGACAGGCUUCCUGAGGAUCGACGAACACAUGCGCAGCUUCUCUGACCUGCGAAACGGCAUGGAUCGCAGUGGAUCCACAGCAGUGGGGAUCCUCCUGUCCCCCGAACAUUUCUUUUUCAUUAACUGUGGUGAUUCUCGAGGCGUUCUCUACCGAAAUUCACACGUGUGCUUCUCCACGCUUGACCACAAGCCUUGCAACCCACGUGAGAGAGAGCGCAUCCAUAAUGCUGGUGGCUCAGUGAUGAUCCAGAGGGUGAACGGGUCACUGGCUGUAUCGAGGGCCUUGGGGGACUACGAUUAUAAGUGUGUGGAUGGCAAGGGCCCCACCGAGCAGCUGGUUAGCCCUGAACCGGAAGUGUUUGAGAUGGUUCGGGCCCCUGAGCAGGAUCAGUUUGUGAUCCUGGCAUGCGAUGGUAUCUGGGAUGUCAUGUCCAACGAGGAGCUGUGCGAGUUUGUGAAAUCUAGGCUUGAGGUGUCUGAUGACCUAGAAAGAGUCUGCAAUGAAGUGGUGGACACCUGCCUGCACAAGGGGAGUCGGGAUAACAUGAGUAUUGUGUUAGUGUGUUUGCCGAACGCUCCCAAAGUGUCAGAGGAAGCUGUGAGGAAAGAUGCUGAGCUCAACAAAUACCUGGAGUCUCGAGUGGAAGAGAUGCUGUCUCGGCCAGGGGAGGACGGGUAUCCAGACCUGGUUACAGUGCUGAGGAACCUGUCCACUGACAGCGGCAUGCCUACUUUGCCACCAGGGGGAGGCCUUGCCAGCAAACGCAGUGUUAUUGAAGCAGUAUACAACCGUCUGAACCCAUACAGGGAAGAAGACGGGAGCGGAGCUGAGUUGGAGUGCCACUGGUAGCUGUCCAGCACAACUGCCUGAUCCAAAAAAAAAAAAAUACAAGAAACAAGAAACAACAACAACAACACAGGACCACUUUUCCACACAAGAUCACAUCCGUAGUCACCUUCUAAUUUCCCCUGGGUUCUUUUUUUUUUUUUUUUGUUUUUAUCCGACAACAAGAGAUCAACAAAAGAAGAAAUCCUAAAAACACAUAACACAAAGUAGAGGAUUGGAAAAACAGAUUAUAUUGGUUCUUUUUAUAGAACAAAAUUGGGGUGGGGUGGGGGGGGAAUAAGAACAACAGCAUUAAUGGUCUGAAAGCAGAGCUGCAUAUACAGUAUAUACACCAAAAGAGAAGCCAACAAGCACAGUUUUCCCUGCUCCUUGUUUUCUUGCUUUUCUUUGCUGCUGUUGUUUUUGUCGUGGACUGACUGAGACCCUGCUAUGAACACCUUGAUGCUCUUGGAUGGAGGACUUCGCAACACACCAGUCAGACAGCCAGCCAGCCAGCCAGCCAGCCAGCCAGCCAGCCAUUACCAAACUAACCUCAUGGAUAUUUAGAAGAAACUGAAUGGACUAAAGCCCUGAUCUACCAGUUGAGGCAAGCUUGGCAUGUUCUGGGCAUUACUGGUACUCAAAUGGGACCCCCACACCCCCAAUGCUUCACCUGCCCCCCCCGCUGGAGAAAAACUCACAGAACUCCUUGGUUUAAAAGCCCCAAACUCCUUACUAUCCUAAAACCUACAGGAGGACUUGAUCAUGAGAUUACUGGCUCCCCCCAAAAAAGGCGUCUUGGGCUGGUGGCAGAAAGGCAUUACAUGGACAUUUAAACUCAGUUGUGAUGACUUGUCCUGCUCGUCCCUGCUCCCAUUUUCUCCUCUCGUCUCUCCAAGGAUGUAAUCAGAUGUUUGAUUUAUCACUCUUCCCCCUCUGUCUCUCUCUCUCUCUCUUUUCGCUUCCUCUGUCUCUUCACACGACAGAACAGACUUGGCUGCCAUUUGCAUUGGCAGAUGUUGCCAGAAUCAUAAGCUUUUUAGCCUGCUGUUGUUUAAGAGAUAGAAAGAUAGAAAUUAUAUAUUAAAUUCAUAUAUAUAAAUAUAUAUACAUAUAGAUAUAUAUUUUGAUUUGAUUCUGUCAUCUUGAUUCCCAGCCAUGGUAUUCAUUGUGGCCUAAUGUAUGUGUGUGUGUGUGUGCGUGGUC